AUGGUCAGCAGAGAUACCAUCGACUACAUCCUCUUUGAGGAGGCCGCCGGUUACGCCCUCUUCAAGGUUAUCCUGCAGCCUUCCACUAUCGGCUCUCGUCUCCCUGAAGUUCAGGAAGCCGCCAACGACGUUGCCAAGUUCCGCAAGCUCCUUGAGCUCGUCUCCUUUGCACCUUUCCAGACCGCUGCCCAAGCUCUGGAGAACGCCAACGACGUUUCCGAAGGUAUUGUCAGCGAUUACCUUAAGGCCAUUCUUGAGCAGAACAUUCCUCGCACUGAGAAACCCUCCAAGGAAAAAAUCGUCCUUGGUAUCUCCGACAAGAAUCUGGGUCCCUCUAUCAAGGACGCGCUUCCUUGGGUUGAGCCUGUCAACUCUGAAGUUGUCCAAGAUAUUCUCCGUGGUAUCCGUAACCACGGUGUCAAGCUUCUUAAGGACCUCCAGCAAGGUGACCUUGAGCGUUCCCAGCUUGGUCUGGCCCACGCUUACUCCCGCUCCAAGGUUAAGUUCUCUGUCAACAAGAAUGAUAACCACAUUAUACAAGCCAUUGCUCUCAUUGAUCAGCUCGAUAAGGAUAUCAACACUUUUUCCAUGCGUGUUAAGGAAUGGUAUGGCUGGCACUUUCCUGAGCUGGCUAAGAUUGAGAAUGACAAUCUGACAUAUGCCAAGCUGGUUCUUUUCAUCAAGGACAAGGCCACUCUGUCCCAAGAUAAACUUCACGAUCUUGCUGCUCUUGUCAAUGAAGACUCUGGUCUUGCCGAGCGCAUCAUUGAGGCUGCCCGUAUCUCCAUGGGUCAAGAUAUCAGCGAGACUGAUAUGGACAAUAUUGUUACUUUUGCCCAGCGCGUUGCCAACAUCACCGAGUACCGCAAGCGUCUGUUUGACUAUCUCUCGGAGAAGAUGCACACCGUUGCUCCUAAUCUCAGCGAACUUAUUGGUGAGGUUGUUGGUGCCAGACUGAUUUCCCAUGCCGGUUCUCUCACCAACCUGUCGAAAUACCCUGCCUCGACGGUCCAGAUUCUGGGUGCCGAGAAGGCUCUUUUCCGUGCCCUUAAGACCAAGGGCAACACCCCCAAGUACGGUCUCAUCUACCACUCUUCUUUCAUUGGCAAGGCUGGUGCCAAGAACAAGGGCCGGAUAUCCCGUUUCCUUGCUAACAAGUGCUCUAUUGCUUCUCGUAUUGACAAUUACUCAGAAACCCCCACCAACAAGUUUGGUGAGGUUCUCAAGCGCCAGGUCGAGGAACGUCUUGAGUACUUUGACACUGGUAAGCCCCCAAUCAAGAACUCUGAGGCUAUGAAGCUUGCAAUUGACGAAAUUGGUGUCCCUAGUGUUGCUGCUGAGGCCAUUGAGGAGGUCAAGGAAGUCAAGGAGGACAAGAAGGAGAAGAAGGAAAAGAAAGACAAGAAGGAGAAGAAGGAAAAGAAAGACAAGAAGGAAAAGAAGGAAAAGAAGAGAUCUCUGGAAGACGAUGAGUCUGCUCCUAAGAAGAAGAAGAAGAAAUCCAAGGAUUAA